UUUUUAAAUAAAUAAUAUAAUAAUAAAAAUAUUUUGGUUACAAAAAGUUGUGUUCUGUUUGAUUUGAUCCAUCUAUUUUUCUGAAAGUAAUAUUAAUAUUAUUAGUGAUCAGAGCGUGCCAUACCGAUAGAUUGUCAGCUAUUAAUUGUAAUAUUUUGACAAAAGCCAAUAAAAAAAUACGUCGUGUGAAAAAUGAUUGCAGAAGAAGAUAGUUUUGAUGGCUCAGCGAUUGAUUCCAAUCCUUUACUGAAGAAGAAACAAAGGAUUUCAAAAUUAAAAAUUAGUUCACCGUUAAUAAAAAGACGGGUGCGUGCUUUAAAAAAUCUUAUUACAGCGCAGGUUGAAAUUGAAUUAAAAUUUAAUGCUGAAGUUCAUCUUCUCAAAUGCAAAUUUCAAAAAGAGUACGAGCCAUUUUUUAAUUUACGAAGGGAUCUAAUUCAAGGCAAGUAUGAACCUGUUAAAGAAGAAUACGGUUCAUCUACAGAUGAAGACGGUGGCAAUGAACUAGUUCCUAGACAUGACAAAGGACGGAAAAUGGUACGCGAAGCCAAAAAAGAAACAGUGCCGGGGAUUCCCAACUUUUGGCUUACUUUCACGAGGAAUUCAUUAGUUCAUAUGCACAAGGGUGAAAUACAACCUCACGAUGUACCAAUACUCAGUCAUUUGACAGAUAUCAGAGUUAAUCGGUCGGAAAAAUAUAUCGGGUAUACUAUGGAAUUCUACUUCGCACCCAAUGAGUGGUUCACCAAUAACGUGUUGGUCGUUACGUAUGAAGAGACAUAUUUGCACAAAAUAUUUCAUAAUAUUCAGUAUGUUCUAUUACCACAUAAAGAAAAAGUCAUAUUCGUGAGUACAGGCUGUGAAAUUCAUUGGAAUGAGGGGAAAAAUGUGACAGAAACUGUUAAGGGUCCAUCAUUCUUCAAAUUAUUCAACACUUAUGAAAACAUAACCUUAUCGAAUAUUUUAGGAUAUUUUAAUCACGAAUACUGCGAAAAGAUGAUUGCUAAUGCUGUAGAAUAUUAUUUAGACCCAACCAUUAAUUGUUAUUUUUCUGACGAUAACGAAGCAGAAGUGUCCGAUUCUUUUGAAGGGACGGAUUGAUAACGCGUUUUAAUUUGCCUAUGUUAACGAAAUAAG